GAAUUGAACCGAUUCUUCAAAAGAAAUUUGACAAAACUAGAGCUUUGAGUAUUACUCUCAUUGAGGUUAUAUUAGGAGAAGGAAAUGGAAAAUUCAUCGAAGAAAUACUUAAUACUGAAGUUACUAAUCCAGAUGCCAAAAGACAUAAAAAUCUAACUGUUCCUGAACUUGAGCUUGCCCUUAAGGAGUUUAUUUUAAUUUAUCAAAACAGACUCCAUAAAUUUAAAAAACGUAAUAGAAUUCAAGAACGAAAGCUUCAAGGAGAAGCAUCAUCAGCUGGUCUAAAUGCAAUUACUGAAUCCUCACCAUUGUUGAAAAAUAU